AUGCCAUCUGAAUCUCCCAUACCGGACAUAAGUAAUACACGUAGUAUUCGAGUUGACACAAAUGCUCAACUGGUACCACCCGAUGAUUCUUUAUGGUCCACGAGUGAAUUACGUAAAACACCAACAUCACGUCAAAAACAAAAUGAUUCAGUAAGUUAUUUAUCGUCGCCACAAUCGUCAUUUUUUAAUACUUCAACAUCAUCGAAUGCUCAAGUAACAGAUACUUUACGGGUUCAACAUCAACGGGAAAAACAAGAAUUAAGUGAAUUAAAUGAUCGUUUUCGUGGCUAUUUAGAUCGUGUUAAAGUUUUAGAAAAUAAAAAUGCAAAAAUAGCAAAACAAUUAGAUGGUGUAACAAAAUCAUGGGGUCAACAAUCACAACAAAUUUUACAAACAGACGGACCAUUAUUAGAUCGUUUACGAGAUGAUGUUAAUGUUAAUAUGUUAGGUGAAGCCGAUUGGCAAACACGUUUAAGACGUUCACACUAUACAAUCGAUAAUUAUAGACAAUUAAUUAAUCAUGAAACACAAUGGAAUGAUAAACAAGAAGCUAAACGUGUAUCAUUGAAAAUUGAAUAUGAUAAUUCGUGUAUAGAAUUAGCUAAUUUACAAAAAUCUUAUAAACAAGUUGAAGAACAAUUAAAAAAUUUACUAAAACAACGUGAAGAUUUAUUACAAGAUAUUGAAAAAUUAAAUGAACAAUCAUAUAAAACAACAAUGGAUCGAAUUAAAUUAGAUUUACAAGUUCAAACAUUAAGAGAAGAAAUACCAUUUUUAAGCGAUAUACAUGCACAUUUGAUUAGUGAAUUUGAUCAAUUAAAACCGUCAAAUGGUAUGGAUACUCAACAGUUUUAUCGUCAAGAAUUAGAAAAAGCCAUUUAUGAUAUUCGUCGUGAUUUUGAAGCAUUACACGGUGCUCAACGUAAAGAAAUGGAAGAAUAUUAUAAUGUUAAAAUUGAAGAAAUGCAAAAUGAUUAUAAAAAACUUGUUCCAUCACAACAACAUAAAGAUGAUUUAUCAAAAACAACUGAACAUAUAAAAUCAACAAAACUCGAUAUUAGUGAUGCAUUAAAAAUAUUAACAAAUGAAAAAGAAAAAUAUAAAGAUUUACAAGAUGAAUAUACAAAAUUAGAAGAAGAAUUAAAUUAUGCUAGAGAAAAACGUUUGGAUUCAAAUAGUAUCAUAAAUAAAGAAUUACAAUUAUCACAAGAUAAAAUACAACAAUUGACACUAGAAAUUGAUACAAUAUUAAGAAGUAACAUUACGUUACAAUCAGAAAUUAAUGUUUAUAGACGACUUUUAGAUAGUGAAACAAAUCGUUUACAACAACAACCGGUUGAACCACCGACACCAGAACCUUCACCAGCAUUUGGCUCUGAAUUAGGCAAAGUAUUUAAUAGAAAAAUUAAAAAAGGACCAAUUGCUAUAAAAGAUUGCGCUCCAGAUGGAAAAUUUAUUGUAUUAGAAAAUGGUUCUAGUGAAAAAGAUGUUGAUGUAUCAAACUGGACAAUUCGACGACGUGUUGAUGGUGGUAUAGAUAUGCAAUAUGUUAUACCAUAUGGUGUAAUAAUAAAACAUGGUAAAGAAUUAAAAAUUUAUGCAAAAAAUGCACAAGGUUACAAUCAUCCACCAUACGAAAUUGUUAAUGAUAAAUUAGAUUCAUGGGGUAUGGGUAGUGAUAUUGAAACAAAAUUAUAUAAUGAACAAAGUGAAGAAAGAGCAUCACAUACACAAAAAAUCGUAUUUGGAUCGGAUACAUCAAGAGAUUUAUCAUAG